AUGAACAAACCGCAAACACGCUCUGGCAAAAACAACCCAUGCCAGGGCGCAGGUGUGUUGAUGCGGAAGGAAUGGCGGACUCUGCCAGUACCCGAACGCAAAGCCUUCAUCGCAGCUGUUCAAUGCAUCAUGAAACAGCCUGUGUUAUCAGAUUCAAAGAGAGUGCCGAUGGCGAAAUCCCUCUACGACGACUUUGUUGCCGUUCACUACACAAGUUUUAGAAACACACAUCUUACGGCUUCCUUCUUCGCCUGGCACCGUUAUUACCUAGCAACUUUUGAGCAGAGAUUACGGACGCAAUGUGGAUACAAUGGUAAGCACAUAUCAAGACCUGCCGGAGAAUGGGUGUUAACUAAUGAUUCGAUAGGCGCUCUACCAUACUGGGAAUGGGGCCUGGAUGUCAAAAACCCCGCUGCCUCACCAGUUUUCGACGGAUCCGAAACGUCUCUAGGAAGUGACGGCGAGUUUGUCCCACACGAUGGCUUUCAACUCCGCCAGCCCUUCAGCAACAACCUCAUUACCCUUAAACCUGGCACAGGUGGUGGAUGCAUUAAAUCAGGCCCAUUCAAAGACAUGCGAAUACACAUCGGCCCCGCUGCCCUAGCGCAGUACGGCUCAGAAAAACCUUUCAACGUCUCAAACCCUCUCCAAGACUUGCCGCGGUGUCUCAAGCGGGACCUGAACAAAGACGUUGCCACUCGAUUUAACUCCUUCCGGAACACGACUAUGCUUGUUCUCGAGCAAACAACUAUUGAGAAAUUCUCGUCCCUGCUUCAGGGUGAUGACCGCUUCUUUCCCAACACGCUUGGCAUCCACGGCGGAGGACACUUCAUCAUCGGAGGCGACCCCGGCGCAGACGCCACCAUUGCGCCGGGUGAUCCCGCGUUCUGGUUGAACCAGGCCCAAGUCGACCGGGUGUACUGGAUAUGGCAGAACCUAGACUUCAAGAACCGGCAGGGCGUGUUCGGCACGAUGACGUUGCAGGAUAACCCGAAGAGUCCGAAUGGCAGCGUCGAGGAUACCGUCGACUUGACGCCUAUCAACUCACCGGUGAAGAUUAAGAACUUGAUGAACACAGCGUCCGGGGCGCCGCUGUGUUACAUGUAUCAGUAG